AUGAUUCGCGGGCGCGAUGUCUUGCCUCCUCCAACCAUAGCGAGGACUGGGCAGCAGAAGCCCGCUCUACCCCAGAGACCAAAACCACCCGCUCCACCGACCCCGUCGUCCGCCCCUCCUCCUCCUCUGCCAAGCAGGAAGAUUGCACACCACUCCAACGCGCCUCCCACUCUGCCACCCAGAAAAUCCUCCGAUUUGCGCAAAUCAGGCGAUUCAUGCUUCUCGACAUCCUCUGUUUCGACGAGCCGCACCGCAACUAGCCGUUCUAGGGGCUCCUCGCCCAAAAAUGUCCUUCGCGCACCAGCAUGGGGAGAGGCUACGCUGCCUCCAUUACCUCCGAAGAAGGCCAAUGGGAACAGGGUAGCAGGGGAUAGGGAACCUGGAGGCCAGCAUCCGGACACCGUGAUCGCAUCCAACGGGAAGCACCUCUCCCCUAAUGCUUCCUGUCGGGGACGGGUGACUCUACUGGCUCAAUUACAUGAAACGAAAACCGGCAAGAGUCAAGUGGGAGUCCAUAAUGUUAAAGCUCCCCCUUCUUAUGAAUACAAUAGAGGAGACUUCUCAAAGGAUGUUCCUAUAUCAGCCCCCAAGCUUCCAUCACGUCCGAAGCCUUCCAUUCCCACCACGGAAACCCCAAUAUCCGUGGCCAAGAAUCAGAUAUUGCAUGACCCUCCGAGUGUUCCUCAGAGGAAAAUACCACCACCCCCACCGCCGCCUGCGACACUCAAGAAGAUCAAGGAAUCAUCACUCGCUACAUUAAGCAAAUCCAACGGCGUGCCUCCCCCUAUUCCCCAGACCUCACGGAGGUUGGAGAGCAAUCAAUCUCCUGCUCCGACUCCACCUCCGGUUCCGAUUUCUUCUCGCCCUGAUCUAUCUAAACUGCAGGCAACAAAACCACGAAUUGCACCAGCUGCUCCCCCUCCCCCUACAAAUACCCUUCAGUGUCUGAAAUGCCGUGACUUUUCUGGGCCUGAUACGCAUGCGACACGUUUUCCGCGGCAGUCACUCCCAAAACAAGAUCUUUCCUGGCUGGCUGUGCAACUCACCAGUCCGUUCCCUUCUGCCACGGACAAAGCUCGAGUUAUCUUCACAUGGCUCCACCAUAAUAUCGAAUACGAUGUGGUCUCCUUCUUCGACCACUCCGUGAAGCCAUCAACUCCCGAGCAGACCCUACAGACCGGACUGGCCGUGUGUGAAGGUUACGCCGGACUCUUUGAAAGACUGGCAACCCACGCAGGUCUAGAGGCCCGCACGAUCAGCGGACAUGGAAAAGGUUAUGGGUUUGAAAAGCUUGCUCCGGGAUCGCCUCUGCCACCAUUUACGGCCGGUCAUGCUUGGAACGUGGUGCGGAUCGAUGACGGCAAGUGGAAACUCAUCGACUGCUGCUGGGGUGCCGGGUGCGUGGACGGUCAUAACCGGCCAUACAUCAAACGCUUUGCUCCAGAGUGCUUCACCAUGUCGAACGAUGACUUUGGCCUGCGCCAUUAUCCAAGCGAUAAGACCCAGUUCUACCGCGACGACGGCAGACCUAGCAUCUCAUGGGAAGAGUACAUCCUCACCAACGGCCCAAAGGGGGUGGAUGAAUCGGUCACGGUGUUUACAAAUGUAGCUGCCGACCAUGGUAUUGGCGACAUGACCUUCCAACCCCUUUCGAAAUUCAUCUCCAUAAGCACACCCGGACCCAUGCAUUUCGAGUUCGCGCUCAUCUGCGAACACUGGACUCUCACAAAGCACAGCCACAAGAGUGCGCCGUACGUGUUCAUGAUCGGGAUCCAUGGCAUUGACGGCCGAAAGGACGAUUUCGUACCCUUUGAAUACAUUCGCGGCUCAGGCCCAGGCGGUGGAGGAGACCGCUGGUCCCUAGAUAUCCCCGAUCCAACGACUCUAGGCGCCCCGGGACAAACGCUGACACUAUUCGCUCUGACCAGCUAUGGUGAUAACCAAGAUGGCCGAGGUUUAACGGUGCGGGAGUUUCUUGAAAUGAGAGGCAGAAAAGCUAUGGGUUGGUCGGGAGUUGCCCAGUGGCAGCUCGUGGCAUGA